AGAGAACUUGUAUGUGUAUCAUUCCACGGCUCCGUUGGUGAGCGUGGGUGAGAAAGAGUAGUACUUGGGUACUUCGGUAGAAUAGAGAGUAGCCUAGAUUCCCUUUCGGAUUCCAAAUGGCAGCGUGUGAAUCCAAUCCGACGUCGUUCAUUAGCGCGCAGCGGGGUAAGGGAGUGCCUGAAUUGUUGCCGCUAGCUUCAGAAUGCGUCGCUACUCCGUAUUACUGUGAGGAAAAUGUGUGGAAGUUGUGCGAAUACGUUGAGUGCCAUCGACGCGAAACUUUGCCGAACUGCUUCGCAGUAUUCAUUUCGAACGAUAAACGAGCAGUUCCCUUGUGGCGUCAAAAGGCUGGGAGAUCUGAAGACAAACUUGUCAUCUGGAGGGUGUCCCCAAAUCGCGAAGGCAGCAGAACUAUUGUCCCAGUUUUUCGUGAAGUCAUGAAGAAGUCGCCCGAAGAUUACCACGCUGUCGUGAUGUACUCGGAGCCAGGGAGCAAAGCGGUCGUUUAUGAUCUCGACUCGGAGUUGCCAUUCCCGACAUUUUUCCACAAGUACGUGACGGAGACCUUCAGGACGGACGAGGUUUUGAAGCCUGAGUAUCAUCGUUAUUUUCGGGUCGUGCCUGCCGAGCAAUUCUUGCGAAUUUUUGCGUCGGAUCGCUCGCACAUGCUGAAGGAGGACGGCUCGUGGCUCAAACCGCCGCCAAAUUAUCCUCCGAUCGUCUCGCAAGUGAGCCAGAACAAUUUGGAAAAUUUCAUCUCUAUGAAUCCAAAUGUGGAUCUCGGGCAUGUGUACACACUGAAGCAACUUGUGGCCCAGUUCCAUGUCACGUAAAGCGGAGUAAAGCACGGAUCACGCUCCGGAUUUUUGCCUCUCGUAAUUUUUUUUUUUUUUUUUGUGUUUGCUUGACAAAAAAUAGAUGUAUUCGAUAUUAUUGCCGCCAAGUGUUUAAUCUGUUCCUGUUUAUUAUGCGUGUUUUUUGCUGUUUGCAAAUCGAUCUGAUAAUGGUUACCAAGAAAGUGUGACUUGUGCUGCGAAUUUUUCCCAUUUUCGCUUGUGCUUUUUACCCUCGGAAAGGUGGUCUUCAUUUUUUGCUCUUAUGCAAAAAAGUCUUUCUUGUGUACCGCGUUGUUUUUUGUCCGGCGAGGUGAGUUGAAACUGAAAGAUGGAGGAUUUAAAGUGCAAAGAAAACAAAAGGAAAGGGGUUUAUGAUUGUUAUCUGGAUUCUUUUUUUGCAACGUCUUUUUGAACGGUUUGUUGAAACUUUGUUGCGUUUAUAUUUUUUAUAAAUGGCUGGGAUCGUGAUGACGGCCGUGAUAUUCAAUCGGGUUUAGUUGCCUUGGUUGCCAAGUGAUCUUGAGUGAUGUUCGCCCUGGGUCUAGUCAAGUUCUGGGUUGAAUGAUGAGUUUUUUGCCUUUCCCGCCGUUUUUUGCGGACUGCGUGGUAAGGCGCAUGUUGCAUUCAGUGGAGCUGAUGAGGUUUGCAAAACAGCUGCGCGUGAACUAUUCGACAUUUUACCGGUGUUGGAAAUUUUUUUUUCUCAGUUCUCCCGUUGAUGGUAAUCGAUGUUUUUUUUUUUUUUUUUUCUACUUGAAGAAAGAACUCUUCGGUUCUUUUCUGCUCGUUAUCUGCUUUUCUUUUCAAUCUAGAAACAGUUUUUUGAGGGAAAUCUCGCGUUUUUAGAUAAUUUUUCUCAUUUCCUUGAACCCGAGGAGUGUGUUUCCGCAACUGUUUUGCAAUUUGAGAAAACAUUUUAAUGUCUACAACACUGUAUUAUUGCUUUUUUGGGAGCUGUGUCCCAUUUGCCAAAGUUGUUCCUUCGUGUUCGCUGGAAAAGAAAAUGUCUUAACGCUUGA